UCCCAGCCUCACCACCUGGCCCGGCGCGGCAAUCGAUUGCGCCGCGGCGGCCCCUCCGUGGUGCAUUGCCUCUGCUCCGGCACCAGAUGGACACCGCGACGAGCUCAAGCGCCUCCGCCUCCCAAAUCGCUGCUCCCCCAAGCUGCGGCCUGCGGGACUCCCCCGCGGCGUGCCUCCAGGUGGCCGGGGCACCGCGGCCAGCGAGGUCGGCGGCGGCACUCACGGCCACCGCAUCCGGGUCGUUGCCGCUGGCGCGUCAAUGGCGGGGAGGAGGCGGUCCAGUUACUCCUCGAUUGCCGCAUCCGCGAGCCGCGGCGGCGACGUUGCAAUGACCCUGCUGCCGGCCAUUGCCGAUGUUUCGCGUGUAUACACUGACUCGGUGCCCGCUCGAUGCAAUGCCUCGGAGGAACAGAGUACCUCAGAAUGCCUUCGGUUGAUAGCAGUAUUCAAUUGACCUUUGCUGUGAUGGACAAACUGAGGAGAGAUAAGCCAGAGGCAGUUGUCCGUGCUCCUACCAAAGGUAACUCCUCUCUUUCCACGCCAUCACUGCUCUGCAUUGUUUAUCGUAGGUCCAUUUCUACUUUUCCUUCUUCUGUUUUGCAUCAUCACAUCCUUCUGACCUUGGUGUUAGGGCAUUCAUUUAUACCAGGGAUGAAGUGUAGUUGGCACAUGGUACCAGAUUGUUCUGUAUGAAAUUUCUUCUUAGCCUUGUUUA